AUGAACUCAGAAAACCCUGAAAGAACAUACGCUCGAUGGCCUCUCCGAGACGUGCCUGGCACGCCCGCCACAGACGUCCUCCCCAUAGGGCCUGAAGCAGAUGGAAUCAAUACCGUUUCUGACAAUGAUUCCCGCAAAUUAGUUGAUCCGAAGGACUACCGACCUGGAGGAAAAUAUCAUUCUAUUGUUAAGCUCCAGAUUCGAUUUGAAGGCCAGGAUCCCAGUGACACGCGUCAUGCCCAAGCGACAGGAUGGCUAAUCAUGCCCCAUCUCAUCGUCACCGCCGCCCACUGCGUUUAUGACCAUACCUACGACUUCGGCAAAGCCAUUCAAGUCCGCGCUUACGUGGGAUAUAAUGGCAAGAACUCUAUUGACAAACCUGGUGUUCAAUUUCGCCGGGGUCUGAAGGUCGUUGUUCCGAAAGACUGGAUUAUCAGCGACACAAACCGCGGAAGUGAUGUUGCCUUUGUAAAAGUGGACGAAUUCAGCGAUAUCGUGCGUAUUGCCCAGCAGCCAACUAAUGGAAUUGUCGAAAAGAUGUUUCGGAGCGUGGCAGGGUAUCCUUGUGAUAAAUCCUUGGCUGAUGAACGAGGAGCGCAAAUGUAUGAGAUGUCCAAAAUAACAGAUUGCGAUGUGUCGAAAACAGCAUUCAAUUUGCUUGAACACACGAUAUCUUUUGCAAAUGGUGAGAAGUGA